AUGACCAUGUCUGUCUGUUGGUAAAACAGUCUAGGCCUAGGCUGUUGUUUUAACGAAAGGUGUACACAUUGAAUGGGUACACGAUGAUAAAUAUGAAGUGUUUGUGGGGAAAUAUGACUGUAGGCCUAUAUAUUGUUCUAUUUACCUUCUUCUUGUUUGCGGAUUCUACAAACACGUCAGUCAGUUACGACUGUCCGAUGAUUGAUUGUGUGCGGCCAUGCCCCCAUAGUAUGUAUGUAAUAGACGAGGAUGGGUGCCAGACUUGCAAUUGCGAAUGCCCUUUGCGCAGUUGUGUACCGUGCCCAAAUGGUCGAUACGGCAAGGAUGAGUAUGGGUGUCAAAAUUGUGAUUGUGUUGAUAGUGCAUCAUCACUUAUAUCGUGUGUUACACUCAUCCUUGCCGGAACAGUUGUAUUUUGUAUCUUGUUGUAUCUUUGUAUACAAUACCGAUCACGGGCAGUGUACUGUUUUCCCGCACAUCACAGUCCACCGUCCACCAAAGUCGGGCAAAGUCAGCCCGAAGUGCCUGUGGUCAAGAUUUUAGAAAAGAAUGUUAUUGUAUAUUGAUUUAAACCUGCCUAUGGUGCCUGCAAUACCUGCUGAGCCUGCGGUGUGGACUAAGCACAUGAUAUUCAAGGACUUUUAACUGUACAAAAAAAAUUCUUUGUUUAUAAUUGUAACCAAUAAUUUAACAAUUACAGAUUUCCUAAUAAGGUAAAUUUUUUAUAGAAUCCCACACAUGAUCAUUUCAACAGAAAAUAAUGUAAGCCUACCGGACACAUUAUAAAGGCAAUAUAAUUUUAUCGAUACGUCAUAGAAAGUUUUUACUAUUUACAUUGUUUUGGUUGCUUUCUUGAUGUUUAUUGUACAUUAUUAUUGCAGGGCCAUAUUGUUAAACAGCGUUGAGAUCUCGUCUGCAUAUGUUAUCCUGAUUAAAUAUGCUUUAAAUUAAAAGAUAAAAAAAUAAAAAUAUACCAAUACAUACAGCUGGUAGGUCAAUAUAUAGGUAUAUGUACAUAAAAUGUACAUACUGUAGAGACGAAUCUUGUUACAUACAGUAUGCAUAGAUUAUUUUCCAAUAUUUUUUUUAAAAUAGGUCAAUUUUUUAUUUUUAAAAAUUGUAGACGUGGACAACUAUACUGUACUAUGUUAGUAAAUUCAGAAAUAGUGAUUUUAGGUAUCUGCGGGCGAAAAAAUAUCUAGCCUGGGGUACCGCCCGCAGUCUGUUUGCAGGCAUCGGGUCCAACAAAGUGUAAUAAUGCAGCAUACUGUAGUACAAUAAUAAACAUACUUUUGUAAUAACCAGUUAAAUGCAAUAAGUUAGUGCUCAUCUUUUCAAAUCUUUGGUUGGGUUAUAUAAAUAUAUAUAGUAAAAACAAA